CAGCCUUGUGGACGGGGCCGAAAGACGGAUGAAUGAAUUUCAGGCCCAACGAUUUCUUACACUAAAUCCUCGUAUUUAUAUUAGUGAGAAGACCUGGAGAAGGAUCUUCACUACCUACUUGGUUCUGCAGCCUGACAAAACCCAUUUUCACUCGAACUACUUUUUUUGAAUAAUCAAACCACUCCCUCUCACAGUCGACGUCCCUUUUUUUUCCUCCUCCAUCUUAAAAAACUCGUUUCUCAUCCCAAAAAGUCCCCCCCAUCCUCGCGGACACUUCAAAAGUUUUAGACAAGAGACUGUUGAACCACCCCGUAUCCCCCACACACACCAAGAUGAACGGCGCACCAGACGCGGCCGAGGAAAUCGACCUCUACGGAAUCCUGGGCGUGCCCAAGGAUGCCUCACAGUCAGAUAUCCGCAAGGCGUACCGGAAGCAAGCCCUCCAGCACCACCCUGACAAAGUCCCUCCCGAGGAGCGAGAAGAGGCCGAAGCUCGAUUCAAGGCUGCCAGCCAGGCCUAUGAGAUCCUCUACGACGACGAAAAGCGACACCUCUACGACGCCCACGGCAUGGCCGCCUUCAACGGCAGCGGGGGCCCCGGCGGCAUGGGUGCCGAAGUCAACAUGGAAGACAUCCUGAACAUGUUCGGCAUGGGUGGCGGCAUCCCUGGAAUGGGCGGGAUGCCGGGCAUGGGCGGCGGAGGGCGCAGGAAGAUGCGACGCAGCCCCGACGAGAACCAGAAAUACGAGGUGACGCUGGAAGAUUUGUACAAGGGCAAAACGGUGAAAUUCUCGUCCACCAAGAACGUCAUCUGCUCCAAGUGCAGCGGCAGCGGCGGCGUCGACAAGGCCAAGCCCAAGGAGUGUUCCGCCUGCAAGGGGCAAGGCGUCAAGCAGAUCCUGAGCCAGGUCGGCCCCGGCAUGCUGACCCAGCGCAUGGUCGAGUGCGGGGCCUGCGAAGGCACCGGCGAGGUCUGGAACCCCAAGGACAAGUGCAAGAAGUGCAAGGGUAAAAAGGUCACCGAGGAGCGGAAGCAGCUCGAGCUCUACAUCCCGCGGGGCGCCAGGGAGGGCGACCAGAUCCGGCUGGAGGGGGAGGCGGACCAGAUCCCCGGCGCCGACGAGACGGGCGACAUCAUCUUCCACCUGGUCGAGCAGCCCCACGACGUCUUCCAGCGGACCGGCAACGACCUGUCGGCCAAGCUGGAGAUCACCCUCGCCGAGGCCCUGGCCGGCUUCCACCGCGUCGUGGUCAAGCACCUCGACGGCCGCGGCCUCGAGCUCAACCACCCCCAGACCCCGGGCCAGAUCCUCCGCCCCGGCGAGGUCCUCAAGGUCCCCGGCGAGGGCAUGCCGUUGAAGAGGAGCGACGCCCGGGGCGACCUGUACCUGGUCGUCGAGGUCGUGUUCCCCGAGGACGGCUACUUCACCGACCCGGCCGCCCUCGAGAGCCUCCAGAAACUGUUGCCGGGACCCGCCCCGGCCAUCGAGGUCGAAGAGGCCGACGAGGUGCCCUUCGAGGUCGCCGACAUUGACGACAUUGGUGGCCAAGAGGCAGGAAACGCGUGGGAGGACGACGAGGACGGUCCUCAACAGGCCCAAUGCCAGACCCAGUAAACCAACCACAAACAAGACCAAGAAAGAAACAAAAAGAGGACGAGAACAAAGGUUUUCGGGCCUCAAUGUGGGUGGGCAAAACGGGCAUGAUGUGACGAAAGUUUUUUAUGACACUUUGUGGCAAGCCAGGUCGACGAUGUUGGGGGUUUUCAUUUUCCUCUUCCCAUCGUCACGAAAUCGGCAGAGAGAAAACCCAGAGGACCCCCCUUGAUGGCAGCAGAGCAUCGGGAAACGGCGUUUUUCAAGGGUGCUUUUUGAAGAGCAUUCCGAUGACGGCGUUGGAUGAUAGAUUGCUUCUUUUUUUCUUUGCUGUGGGAGAAUGCUGCUCCACGGCCCUCUACCCCCCAGGUCCCGUUCGAUGGGCCAGUUGGGAUAAUUGAUCAAGAUCAAGGUCACUUGCCUCUGAGAGUUGGCCGUGGCUCUUGUAGCUCGGUUAAGAGUCCCUCAGCGAUUUCGUAGUGACGGAGCAUGUUUUGUGUGUGUGUCAAUCGGAUCAGAACCUCCCUCUCUUUUUGUCUAUCGUUCCUUUCCUCCAUUGGGUAGAUAUAUUCCUCUGCCGCACGCAUCGAUCUUAGGGGUACCAAUUAAACAACUCCCCAUAAGACCAUGAAAGCAUAUACAACAGAACAAUACCUUCUGUUUCUAUUUUUAAAAAAAUCUGAUUCAUUUCCCAUACUCGUAGUCGUGUGCAAAGGAAGGCGGUAC